UUAAGUUUCAUUCGUAUCAUACCGACGUGUCUUAAUUAUAUUCAUCACCAGCAGCAGCAGCAGCAUGGGAGUUACAACUGUCACCACCAAACCGUUUGAAACUCAACUGAGCCCGGCGCUUUUGAAGAAGGCCCAAUGCGAAUUGGGCGAAGAUGAGGAGCGCAGGCAACAGGUGAUUGAAAUCAUCCGCCAAUGGGUGGCGCAGCAGCCGCAUUUGCAACGCAUCCGCAUGGACGACUAUGGCAUUAUCUGUUUUGCUCGGGGCUGCAAGUACAGUCUGGAGAAAAUGAAAACUAAAAUGGAUUUGAUGUUUACGUUGAGGACGGCCUUGCCGGAAUUCUUCGCCGGAUGGGAUCCGCUCAAGCCGCAAAUUCAAGCCGCUCUUGCCUGCGGAUCGUUCCUACCUUUGCCUGAUUACGACCAGCACGGCAGAAAAGUGAUCGUCAUGCGGCCGGGAUGCUACGAUCCUUUCCGCCACAAGCCGGAAGACAUCGAGAAGGCCAAUUUCAUGAUCUCUGACGUCAUGGUGCAGAACGAUGAGCAAUUGUUCGUUAGCGGAAUGGUCAUCAUCUACGAUUGCGAAGGUUUCACACUGAACCACUUCACUCAGCGGCCGCUCUCCUUGACUAAAAAACACAUGUAUUACCUGCAGAGCGCUCCGUUGAGUCCGAAAACGAUCCACUUUAUUCGAACGACUUCCGUGUUUCAAACGGUUCACAAUGUCAUGACCAACUUCAUCAACGAUAAAAUGAAGCAAAGGUUAAAGGUUCACGGUCCCAAUAUGGAAUCCCUUUACCAAGACAUCGAUCGUAAGAUUCUCCCCAAGGAUUACGGAGGCGAUGGAAUGUCAAUUGCCGAACUCACAGAUAUGUGGAAGAAAAAAGUCGAAGAGAAAAGGGAUUUCCUGAUGGAAUCGGAGAAAAAUCUGCGCGUGGACGAGUCGCGACGACCGGGCAAAGCUAAGACGGCCCAAGAUAUUUUCGGCAUCGAAGGAUCAUUCCGCAAACUCAACGUCGAUUAAUUUCUGUCUUCAUAAUAAAAUAUAUUGUAUAUGUUUAUUUCUUCGUUGUGUAUACGUUUAGGGGGAUUUUGUAUAGAAAUUAUUUGUUUCCACCGUGUGAAAAUAAUGAUAAUAAAACAACAAUAAUUCGUGUUCCAUCAAAAUCUAUGUCAAUAUGUCGAAUGUCAAAUAACGCUGGUGAUCAAAUAUUAAAUACAUAUCAUUUAAUCCGAAA